AGCUGCGGUGUGUGUUAAGGUCAUUUAUUUCGGUCCGUGUAGAACAUAGAUUGUAUUAUUAUUUUUGUUUUUUCGCUGCUGAUAAAAACGGCGGAACGGUGUUCCUCAGUCGGCCCUGUACGCAGUUCGAGUGUCGUUCCCGUCGUGAAACUCGCCGUCGGUCGUUUCCAACACCCAGACGUGUGCAUCAGUCGGAGUGUCGGACACGCGCGAUAAUCGAUCACAGACGCCGGCCCAACCGUCGGAACGUGUGCCUGACGUUAUCGGCCAACCUCCGCGCUGUCCGAGUAAAAUGUGAAUUCGGACUCUCACGCACAUCAGAGUAUAUUUGUUUACUUGUCUAAUAUAUUGAUAUUGUUUGCACGUGCAUGGUUUAACCAGUUCGGCUAUGAAGACUGACAUGAGUAUAGAGAUGCCGGACGGGCGGUUGAAAACAUUUGGUUACAGAGCUACUGUAACAUGUAAAGUCAUUAUACGUAUACUAUUUGUACUCAUCAACAACAUAUACUGUAUACCAACAUAUUGUGUUUGGAUGAUUAUUUUUUUCCCAUUGCGAAAACUUCAUCCUGAUUUGUACUGGAAACUUGAGGGAUUAUUUUUUCAUUGGCUAUUAGCAAUGGUUUCUAUGUGGUCUUGGUCAGCUGGAUAUGAUAUUGUUGAAAUGGGGGAUGAUAUUCGAUUGUGCUUAAAUGAACGUACACUUGUAUUAGUCAACCAUCAAUCAACAGCAGAUGUACCAAUGUUAAUGACAAAUUUUAAUUCCAAAGCUGGUGUACUUCCUAAUAUUAUGUGGAUUAUGGACCGAAUUUUUAAGUUUACUAAUUUUGGUAUUAUUUCUAUCAUACAUCAAGAUUUUUUUAUCUUAUCAGGCAAAGAUCAAAGAGAACAAGCUGUCAAAGAAUUACGGACUCACAUUCGUGGAUCUUAUAUACCUCGGCAGCGGAAAUUAAUCAUAUUAUUUCCAGAAGGUGGAUUUUUAAGAAAAAGACGAGAAGCUAGUCUACGGUAUGCUCAGAAAAACAAUCUACCUUUAUUAGAACAUGUUACUUUACCAAGAUUAGGAGCUUUUUCAGCAAUCAUUGAUGAACUUUCACCAAAACAAACAAAAUAUGGCGGUGUGACUAACAAUAACACUGAAUUAAAUGAAAAUACUGACAAGUUAGCUUGGAUUUUGGAUAUUACAAUAGCAUAUGCUGAAGGAAAACCAUUGGAUUUACCUACUAUCAUUAUGGGUCAAAGAAGAGCGUGUCGCACACAUAUGUACUACAGAUUAUUUCCUAGUUCACAAGUUCCUAAAGAUCAAGAAGAAAUGACCAAAUGGUUGUUUGACCGCUGGGAAGAAAAAGAACGCUUACUAGAGACAUUUUAUUCUACUGGUGAAUUUCCCAAUCAUAAAGGGUCUCGUCAAACUGCAGUUGUCCAGCAAGAUUGUGUACGGUUUCUUAUAUUGCAUCUAUUUUUUAUUGCAUCGUCUUAUGCUCAUUAUAGAAUUAUAAAUUAUUUAAUUGGAUUGGUAUGGUAAACUUUAAGUGUAAAUUUAUCUAAAAAAAGAGAAAGAAUGACAGAAAUUUGUAUUAAGUUUUUCUAUAUACAUUUAUUUAUAUUAUUUAUGUACAAAUUAUAACACCUGGUUAUAAAACCAAUGAAUAAAUAUGAUAGAAGUUAGAGGUUGUAAUAAACAUAAAAUAAACAUUCUGUAAAUAAUAUUACAUCUAAAGAUUUCCCUAAAAAUUAAC